UAAUCCAAUGGAGUGCUUGGUAGCAGUGUCAAUUGUUUGGAAAUGAGUAAACGUGCAAGAGGUAGCUAAUGUCGUUAUUUGACAUCAGAGUUUAAAUAAAAGUGAAAAUAACCACGAGCAUGCAUGGCGCGGGGAAACACAGAUGUUUUGUUCAAGAAAAACAGCAAGUUGGAAAGUUUUCUCAAGCGCACCUUGCCAGAGGAGGCGUUCGAGCGCGUGCGGGGAUACGAGGCAUGCAUCAUCGUGACAGAAAAAGAGAAUAAAGGCUUCAAAUAUUGUGUUCUGGACGAUGAAUAUAUUUAUCAGGCGGAAAACCCGCCUAAAAGCCGGGAAGACCUCCAAGUUAUGGUCCCUCUCAAGGAGAUCAUAUCUGUUGACUUGGUCAAUGAUUUUCCAGAUUUCUUAAGUGGUGAAGAAAGGACUAAUACUCAACACAUACAAGUGUUUCAUUGGACAUCAGAUCAAAUAAAGAAACGAUCGCUCAGAAAAUCUAAAAAAUCUCCACGGACAGGCUCAUUAUCAGAUCUCCAUGGUGAUAGAUCAAAUGCAUCAACACCGCUGGAAAAUAUUUCAAUUCAAGAGGGAAGUAACUGGUCUGAAGAUUAUGGUUACAUAACACAAAGUACGUCGAGUUUACAGAUAAACAGUAGUCGGCCAGAGAGCCGAGGGUCUGUGAGCUCGUCGCAGGGACUUAAAUCCAGUGGUAGAGACAUUAAGACUAGUAGUCUAAAAAAGAAGAAAAGAAUAGGUGAAGGGAUGGAAGACAGUGUACUUAAGGCACUCAAAGAAGAAAUGGAAGAUGGACAACUGGAAGACAUGGAUGACUUAGAUGGUGUUUUCGCUGCCUCAUACACAUCCAUUCUUCAUUCGACUCGAGGAAGCAAAAGCAAGGAGGGAUCAGGACAAAGAAGGUCAUUGGAUCACCGGGAAUCUAUAGACACCACCCUCAGUCAGUCGGGGUCAGUACGGCCCCAACCAAGGGCCCCUUCUAUUUCCAUGGAAAAUAAAUUAAAUGUUGUUAGUAAUCAGAAUAAUUCUUCUCAUGAUCAAGUUGAAGCAGAAAAACCCACGCUCUGUAACUGUUUUAGCCUUAAUUGUUUCCGAUCUUCCCGCGUAUCUUGUGGCCGUGAUGAUAUGGUCAAAGAUAGCACUAAGAAACCUGUUGUGACCAAUGGAAAGCCUUCAAAUGAUGAAGUGUUCUUUACUGCUAAUACCCCUCAGAAACCUGAGAUAAAUAUUGAUGUCACCUCUGAUAUUGCUAGCCAGGGACACAAGGGGUCUAUGCAAUCAUUACAUGCAUUAGUACAGGAACCAUUAGUUAACUCCCGUCGUUCGUCAGUGACGACGAUUCGAGGGAUAUCCAGGGCUGGCACCCCCGCUCAGGACUUUGAUGGCACGCGUAGUGCCAGUAACCUUGGCAUGGCUUCGGUGUCAGAUUUCGGAAGCUCAAUCAUCCGAGUCAACACACUUCUGGCUCCGGAGGAACGAAAAAAGACUUCCGUCAGUAUUUACCUCUUAAAUCUCCAAUCCCCCAUGCUGAUGCUGAUCCGCAGUGCUUGGAACAAUUACCUCAUUAAACACACCCUCAACAUUGACUUAGAUUAUGAAAAGAGCUUCAAAUCCGGUGCGAUAAGAAGUGGUCCUGUCCAAAGGAGAAGUUCUUUGAAGAGAGAAAAGAUGGAAGGCCUUUUUAAUGCCCUGAAGCGAGAUCUUCUGAAUCCAGAUAAUACAAUGGAGGAUACCUUCUCUCUUCUCACUGAGCUCAAAACUGCCACCGAGAAAAACUUCACCCUGAAGAAACUCUUCUGGAAAAAUGCAGAUAUGUUCUUGUUCCUUGUACGACAGACCAUGCGAUAUCUUCCAAAAUCACCGGUUAAUGUGAACACAGAACAUGGGCGAGUCCAAAGAGCUGAUGAACUGGAGCUAGUCAUUCUUCUGACAGAAAUUCUAAGUCUUAUGUUCAGGGAGUCUGAAAUUAUUCCAGCCAGAAUACAGACUCUUAAAGCAGACAGGGGCAAAGCUAUAUUUGAUCUCAUUCGACUUUUGAUAUGUAACCCAGAAGUACCUGAGAAAAUGGCCGCCCCCUCUAAAAGUACACAAAAUCUACAGGCCACAGAUGAAGAGAUUAAGAAGCAGAUAGAUGAGUUCCGUAAAUCAGCCCUGUUGGCACUCUUUGAAAUCUUCCUGAUGGCUCGACAAGCCAACUGGGGAAAUCGGGAGGCCAGUUUCUUCAACAUCAGCUGGGUCAUUAAGACCAUGGAGGAGAUGAGAAUGACUGAGGCUUUUGUGGAGAAUGUAAUUGACCAGAUGAUGAAGUUCAUUGGACCGAGUCGGAAGGAUGCACUGAUGCCACAGGAAGCCGUCACGCUUUAUGUACAGUUUUCUGUACUGCAGACCUUUUUACAUUACAGUCCUAAGAUAUCUGGUUUUAUACGCAGCCACUAUCUAGAGGAAUUCAAAUAUUUUGUUCAAGUCCCGGUUGUGAUGAAGAAACUUCCUCAGUCUUAUCCCAUUUGUAUGAUCACCAUGUCCCUCAUAGAGUCCGUCACAAACAAAGUCCUAGACCAGGGAACCUCCAUCUUCCCCAAGUCUCCCAGGUAGCAUCACAUGACUGUCAUGUGACCUCACACACAAACACGAUCACAUGGGUGAUCACAUGAUUCACAGGGUGAAGUCUGCACUAGCAACGAUAGACAUUUUGUUUCUUGUAACAGUGUUGUAGCAAAAAAUUUACGGAGUUGUGUCCACUGUAGCAAUUGAAUUGCUGAAAUAAUUUAAGUAUGUUUUGAUAAAUAUUUAUUUUUUUAUAACAGUUUAAUGUGGCAUUAUUUAAUGUGUAAGAGCAUCUGCAAUAGUAAUUUAUGAUAUGUGAGGUUAUACCAUGUAUAAUUGUUCUUUUAGAUAUUAAUUUUAUGCUUGUUGUUUAUAGAAGAUUUUGAUAUUUUAAGAUAUCAUCCUUUUUAUUAUUCAUUUGAUAUUUACAUAAACUUUGACAUAAGGUGUAAAUCAUUUUUAUAUUGUGUUUUAAAAAAUGGCACUAUUCACAAGCUGCAUUGUUGUAUAAAUUAUUAAAACAGUACUUAAUUCCAGAUACCAUAUAUACAAUGUAUAAACAUUGAUUUCAGACAACUAACUUUUAAGUGCAGUGAAGAAUGGCAACUCUAGCUUGCAAAUAAAAAAUAUUAAUAUGAACCAAUCUCAUAAAACUGGAGGACAGAAAUACAAGUAUUUUUUAAUAAUGAAGAGUUUUCUGUGUCAGAUUGAAUCCAAAUUAUAGUACAACCUUGAAAAACUGUUGAUUAGUACACAUAUUGAAGACAAUGACAGAAUUCAAAGCAGGCAGAGUGUGCCAUGUUAGAAUCAAAUUUAAAUUAGUAGGACUUUAUAACCACUAAGGUGUAUGUUUAUAGAUGUCUCUGGAUUUAGUUUUAUAUACAUGCAUUGACAAAUUCACAGUGAAUUCAUAGCUUUUCUUAAUCUUCCAUUAUUUUACUUACUGGUACUUACGGUUUGUGUAACUGGCCACUUGAAAAUAUUCCCUAUUUAGAGAAUCAAGAUUUUGGGAAAAGAAAUACAAAAAAUAAAUGUUAAGAUGCGAUGAGUUAAAUGUACAUGUAUUUACAUUUUAUGUAAUGUUAAAUUAUUUAUACUUAUUGUGGACUUUUUUUAUUGUGUUCAUUAAAUGAACGUCCAGUUUUGAUUCAGCAGGUCUGCUAUUUUCUUUAUGUUUGUUAAAUAUUUUUACCAGAUCUAAGUGGUUUGGUUAAAUAUUAUUAUUAUGCCCCCUUCGAAGAAGGGAGGGCAUAUUGCUUUGCUGCUGUCUGUCUGUCAGUCCACCAUCAGUUUUCAUUCAUUUUCUUCGCAGAGGUUGCAAAUAUUGAACUGAAAUUUGGUAAAGAAAUUUAUCAUAGAAUAUCUAGAUCAAGUUUUAUUUAGGGUACAGUUUGGUCAUUUUGGACAGGGUUAUGCCCCUUGGACUUAGAAAAAUUCCUAUUAUUUGCAGUUUCCAUUCAUUUUCUUUGCAGACGUUGCUCAUAUUGAAAUGAAAUUUGGCAAACAGAAUUAUCAAAAUAAUCAUAAGAAUAUCUAGAUUAAUUAUUGUUUUGGAUAUGAUUGAGCCAUUUGGGACAGAGUUAUGCCCCUUGGACUUAAAAAAAUUCAAUUAUUUGCAGUUUCUAUUCAUUUUCUUUGCAGAGGUUACACAUAUUGAAAUGAAAUUUGGUAUACAGAUUUAUCAUAAAAAUGACUAGGUCAACUUCUGUUUGGGGUACAAUUGAGCCACUUUUGAUAGAGUUAUGCUCCUUGGACUUACAAAAAUUCCAAUUGCAGUUUCUGUUCGUUUUCUUUGUAGAGGUUGCACUUUUGAAAUGAAAUUUGGUAUACAGAUUUAUCAUGAGAAUAUCUAGUUCAAGUUCUGUUUUGGGUAUAAUUAAACCAUUUUGGAUAGAGUUAUGCCCCUUCAACUUAAAAAUAUUCCAAUCAUUUGAGGGAGGGGGCAUAAGCAUUUUAAAAACAUCUCUUGUUUAUUUUGACAUGAUUACAGUAAUAAAAUACCAGUGAUUUUCAUUUACUUAUAAAAGGUUUAUGAAAGCAUUCAAAAUUUCCUUGGAAUAUAAUUUUUUUAUUUAUCACAUGUACAGUUACAAUAUAUAGUUAAGAAUCGAAUCUCCAUUGGGUGUACAUGAACAUAUAUUUUUCUUUAAAUUUAAAACUACAUGUACAUGUUGUUCAUGGGAGAGUUCAUAAAGAAGUGAAGGGAUCAUUUUUA